CUUCAUUUCUCAUCACCAAAACAUUGUUCUUCUCUCUCAACACAACACUUUUUUCUUCUACCUUUUGAAAACUCUUUUAUCGAAUAUUUAACUUAAAUUUUUUUUGUUGUAUGAAUCACACCUUUUAUAUAUAGUCAUGCUGAAAAGUAGUACUGCAUCACACAAACAAAACAAUUUUGUCAAAAGUAUGCUAGAUUUGCAUGAAUUUCUAUGGGGUUUCUCCAUUGUUUCUCUUGUUAUUUACUUAUUCCGUGGUCUCAGAAAGGCCAUAGCCAUGGCCUCUCUAAGCCUUAACUCUCCUCUUUCUUCUCCUUCUCUUCAUCCUCUUUCCUGGGUCGGCCAGCUUUUUCUCCAACAAGGAGCAGCUGGCUCUUUGGUUUCUUUGGAUUCAGAAAUCCGGCAAGAGAAUCAUAAUAUUAUACUUUCUGAAGAAGCUACACAAACUUUGCAUGAUGACAAAAAUUCUCAGCAGAAUUUUCAUGACAAAAACCCUCAAGAAAAUUCCUGUGUUUUAGAUGGGAAAGUUGUGCAAGAAAUUAUUAUUAUUAUGAGUGAGGGGUCAGUUGCUGCUUCUGCAAGUAGUGGAAAAGGAGCGAUAAGGUUGAGGAAGAGGCCGGCGAGGCUUGUUGUGCCUGAGAAUUGUGCAAACUUGGGAUUGAAGAGUGAAAUAGAGAGGAAUAACAAGUUGGAAAGGAAAGAGUUUGAGGUUGAAGGAAAAGAUUUCACUUUGGCUAGUAAGAAAGGAAGAAGAGAGGUUAUGGAAGAUGGAUAUGGAGUCAUGGUUGAUAUUCUUGGAGAUCCUAAACAGGCAUUUUUCGCUGUAAUUGAUGGGCAUGGCGGCCGAGCCGCGGCAGAUUACGUGGCUGAAAAUUUAGGAAGAAACAUAGUGAAAGAGCUGGGAAAUGAUGGGGAAAAAAAUUUACAAUUAGAAGAUGCAAUUCGGAAAGGUUACCAGAUCACAGACACAGAGUUUCUUAGUAAGGGAGUUAGUAGCGGAGCUUGUACAGCUAGUGUGCUAUUGAAGAAUGGUGAGUUACAUGUAGCAAAUGCUGGUGAUUGUAGAGUAGUUUUGAGUAGGAAAGGAAUAGCUAAUUCUUUGACAAUGGAUCAUCGUCUAAACCGGGAAGAUGAACGACUUCGAAUUGAGAAUGCAGGUGGUUUUGUGCAUAAUUGUAAUGGAGUUUGGAGAGUUCAAGGUACACUUGCCGUUUCUAGAUCUAUUGGAGAUUUGCAUUUGAAACAAUGGAUCAUUUCUGAACCAGAAAUUAGAAGUCUUCCAUUGACUUCAGAUUGUGAGUUCUUGAUUAUGGCUUCUGAUGGAUUGUGGGAUAAGGUAAAUGAACAGGAGGCAGUAGAUGUGGUUUCAAGAGACAAUAACUCAUUAGAGUCUUGCAAAAAGCUUAUCGAGAUAUCUUCUAGCAGAGGCAACAUGGAUGAUAUUACAGUCAUGGUAAUCAAUCUUCAAAAGUUUGUGACGAACUGUCCUUAAUUGGCAGAGAUUCAUGAGAAUUUUAAGCGAAGGAAGAUUACGGGUGAAUAAAUUUGCGCCAAAGAAUUGAAACAAUUUUGCAUGAUAAAUUAGGAGGUUAGUAUAUCAGAUUUCAGAAGAUUUUUUCCAGUGGGCUAAUUUUUGUUUUCUGUGGAGGUGUAGAAGGAAAUCAAUUCUUGUACAAAAUUUUCAAAUCAUGCUAAAUUUAUUGCUUGACAGAGCUUUAUUUGUACCAACUUAUCCUGCAUUGAUUUGUUAUCGAUCAGAGUUCUACUCUAAUUACUUUCUUGUCGACAGAGCUUUAUUUACUGUUAAUGAAUAUAACAUGUUCAGCUAAGUACGAAUCACCAAUGCUAGGACAACUUUUAAUUCAUGAUCAUCUUCUGGGACAUAUUGUAAGUAUCUGAAGUAAAAGAGUUGUAUUAAUGGAUGUUCUUAGACUUAAGACUUGUGUA